AUGGACAGAAAUGUGCUCAUGUACAACAGCCCUUCAUACCUCCCCACACACCUUCAACAAAAUGCCGUUGCAUUGUCAAAUUUCUUCACCAGAUCUCUUACCUCCUGCGCACCCGGUCCCCUCCCCUCACUUUUUCUUCUGCUUCAUCUCCCCUCCCUUUCUGUCUCUUGCUGCAUCUCUAGCUCAAAAGGCACCUCGACAUCACUUAACUCCCAGUCACCUUCCCUUUCCAGCUCGCAUUCUUUCUCAUUUCUCCAUAUUUCUGUCCUCCAUCUGACCAAACCCAGCACCGUGAUGGAUAGCACCAUAUCAGCCUAUACUGAAAAGCUAAAGGAGAUGUCAAUGCUGUCUCUCAUCUGCUCCUGCCUAUAUUCUCAGCCUCAUCAUCAACCCAUCAGCCAUUUUGAAGAUAUGGAGGUAAAGUCCCUGAAUAAGCGAACAUCUGGUCAGGCUUUUGAGAUCAUCCUGAAUAGCCCCACUGAUCUGUCACCAGACAAGCCUCAGAGCCUGUAUCUGGCAGCCCACAAGAAGGAGCCCUCAUUGGAAAACCUGCAAAAAAAAAUGGAUGCUGCUGAGGACAGAAGAAGAAAUCUGGAGAAGCAGAUUUUGAAGCAGCUGUCACAGAAGCGUGAACAUGAGCGGAAGGUUCUCAAUAAGGCUCAUGAGGUUAAUAACAACUACAGCAGAUUAGCAGAAGAGAAGCUCAAUCACAAAAUGGAAGUGAACAAUGAGAAUCGCACAGCCUAUCUCACUGCUCUAAAGCAACGCCUGAGGGAAAAAGAGUUACAUGCCACAGAGGUUCGCAAGAAUAAGGAGUUGCAGACUGAACUCUCUGGCUAAACCAUACACAAUGUCUUACUAAGGCCUAUCAGCCUUGGUUUUGAGGAUGGCCACAACAUCUAAUAGUCAUUCUACUUGCCUGACCUUCAUAAAAUAUCAACUUGGUUCACAUUUACAGUGCACUUUCUAGAAUACUCAUGCAUAUACUGGUUUUGGAUGAAAAAGUAGGUCAUCCCCUGUAGUUUUUCAGUCUGUUAAAGCAAUAUGACUCUUACUGAAUGCUAACAACAAUAAAACAACUAAAGUGAAGCAUAAUGACUUCAUAUAAAAUCUUAUUUGCUUUCUCUUAUUCAAAAAGUCUCUAUUUGUCAUAUUUAUUGAUUUAACAUCAAAUAUCAAAUCUUUUGACCUUCUUACUAAUGAAAAUGGAGGAACGUCUGUCAAAUCUUACAUGCAUUAAAUGCUCUGUGAAUAUGAAAGGAUAUAUAAAGCAAAUUUUUUCAGAAAUUCAUUCACAUUAGCUAAUGCUAUUUAGCUAAUGUUGUCUAGCUUCUUGUCACAAUAUGUUUAUUAUAUGCUUUGGUGACUGGUUAAACAGAUUGGAUGAACCAAGCAAAACAGAAUUGAACUUUUACACUAUUCCUGCCACUAACGCCACAGAAAUUCCAAUGCACAAAUCACAAUGGUUUUUUUAGCCAAUUCUAAAAAGAACGUGUUUCAGAGCAUGCGUGUGUUUGUUAUGAAUAUUUAUUGUUUGUUUGUGCCUGGAUGUGGUAGUCUGAUGGCUAAGGUUGGGCCGCCUAAUGGAAAGGUUGUGAGAUUGAAUCCCAAGUCCACCAAGUUGCUGCCACUGGGCAAGGCUCUUAACCUUCAGUUGUGGAAAAAUGAGAUAAAAAUGUAAUGACUGAUCUCAGCAUAUCUUUACAUUCAAAUAAAAUAUCACACAGAAAAGUGUGUUAUAAGUGGUAUAAGAUUUAAGAACCAAUCAAUGUAGAAAAUUGAUUAUUUGGUCAGCAUGAGCAUUUUGGGUUGAGCACAGGACAGCCCUUAUGUUUCCAAAAACAAUUUUUAAAGGUAAAAAUAUACAGUUGAGAGAAUUCAGUGAAGCAAGGGCAAGACUCCCAACUGUUUUUAUCCAGGUGGGACUAUACCUUGUAGCAGUAAUUUAUCCAGAUAACAAGAAUAAUAUUUUACCCAUACUUCCAAAAGGGCCAAUAUUAAAAAUAAUUUUACUUUCACUGUCAUUUGGUUUCAGACCCCUGCAACCUUUAAAACAGACAAAGGUACGCAGGUUUUCAUAUUGAUAUCUCCACAGUGAAUUCAUCAGACAUCACACCAGAAUUAUGUUUGCCGUAUAAAUCUUUCAUCAUUUGACUUAUCAAGUAAGUCGUUUUAAAGAUUUAAAUCUAAACCAAACGUUAUUUAGUACUAAAAUAUAAAUUUAUAGUCCCCUCUGAAAAGUAUUGGAACAGCAAAUAUGAGAUAAGAAAUCACUAUCAGUUUUCAUUUACUAAUAUUUACACCUAUAUUUGUUAAACAAAUUAAAACAUGGGACUUUUGGUUUGUAGACAAUCACAUUUUUUUAAAAGAUCGAUAAUAUUGGUACGUUGAUGUUCUGAAAUAAAAUAACAAUAGAAAAGAAAAAAUAAUACUAAUAAUUAUGUGCAUAUCCCUUGAUUGCAUAAAGUACAUCCAGCUGUUCUUCCCUUGUGAUACUUCUUCAGGCUUGUACCCCUUGUAAAUGUUUACACUAUAAAUAUCUGUACUAUUGAUUGCGCAUAUAUGCUAUAUAUAAUUCUUUG